AUGCGCGCCUGGCUCGUCUCCGCCCGCGGCCCCCCCACCACCGUCCUCAAACUCACCACCACCCUCCCAACCCCUACCCCCCAGCCCACCCAACUCCUCAUCCGCAUCUCCCACGCCGCCCUCAACCCCGGCAGCAAAGCCCUCAUGCUGCUAAUCCCCCAAUUCCUGCGCGCCUCGCCCUCCAUCCCGGAGAUCGACUUCGCCGGCACCGUCGUCGCCGCUGGCGCCUCCGCGCCCUCCCAGUUCCCCAUCGGCACGCGCGUCUUCGGGUGCCUGCACCUCAAGUCCAUGGCAGCCGGGAAGGGGGUGUUGGCGGACUACAUCGCGAUCAACAGCGAAGAGGGGGGCGUGGCGGUGCUGCCGGCGAGCUGGAGCUUCGAGCAAGGGGCGGGAUUGGCGUGUUGCGCGAUCACGGCGCUGAAUAUGUGCCGGGCGUCGGGGAUGCGGGAGGGGGAGCGGGUGCUGGUGAAUGGGGCGAGUGGGGGCGUGGGGACGAUGGCGGUGCAGGUGGCACGGGCGAUGGGGGCGGGGGAGGUGGUGGCGGUUUGUUCGGGGCGGAAUGCGGAGAUGGUUAGGGGGUUGGGGGCGGAUGAGGUCAUUGAUUAUCAGGCGCAUCAUCCGGUUGGGGCAUUUUUGGAGGAGCGGUUCAAGUAUAAGCCGUUUGAUCGCAUCUUCGACGCUGUGGGUGUGCAAGCGUUAUAUUCGAAGAGUCCGCGGUAUCUCAAAGAGGACGGCGUUUUCGUUAACGUUGGGGGGUAUGAAGGGGACCUGAGGUUUGUCUUGAACGGGCUGCGGAAUAGGUUCCUGCCUCGCUGGUUAGGGGGUACGCCGAGGAAGUACAUUGGAAUCAGCACUCCCAGCACUAACGAAUCUGCGGCGACUAUUGCCGGGUUCGCUGCUGAAGGGAAGGUGAAAACGAUUGUCGAAAAAGUCUUCAACUUAGAAGAUGUUCUGGAGGCAUACAAGCUCUUAGAGAGUCAAAGAGCUAGGGGUAAGAUCAUUAUCAGGAUUCAGGACAGCGAUAAGACGAAGUGA